UUGCGCCUCUCUCUCUCUCUCUCUCUCGCUCGCUCUCUCUUUGGCUGAGUGCUCUGGCUUCCUUUCAAUCCGCGUAAUUCUGGUCUGAAAGGAAAAUCUACAAUACUCUUCCUAGAGUUGUGUCUUUGUUCAACAUGGAUUCUGCAUUCACAGAUUGGGCUGAAGGCAUCUGUAAUAAGCUUGAAAAACUUUGUGAAGAAAAUGCCAUUAUUCAGAAUUCGUCCAAAUACGUUAAUGCAGUUGGUGAACAUAUGCAAACAGUAUUAGAAGAAAUUGCGCGUGAUUGGCUUGGCUCAAAUGGUUCUCAUAUAGAACCUUUUUCUGAAUUAUCUCUGGAGCCAAACAUUAGUUCUGAGGACUGUAAAAGUUCAACUUGUAUGAAAAUGGCUUCUGGAGUUUCUCCUGUUAUAAAUCCUGCCACAACAACCGAAAUCUAUGAGGAUUCAACUAGCAGGCAUGAUAGUUCUUCUGUUGGAAAUUCAAACUCCAUUAAAAUGGUUUCAGCUGUUUCUCCUAUGGAAGCUACAAGUCCAGCCUGUUCACCUGAGGCCUGUGAAAAUUUAAGGUGUUGGCUUGACAGUCCUGUCGAAAAGUCUGCUUGCAUUAAAACAAGUUCAGCUGUUUUUCCUGCAAAAAUUAUUAGUCCUGCCACUUCAACUGAGCCCUGUGAGAACUCAACCAGCAGGCCAGACAGUUCUUCUGUUGAAAAUUCAACUUGUAUUAAAAUGGGUUCAGAUGUUUCUCCUACAGAAACAAUAAUUCCUGCCACUUCAACUGAUGAUUCUAAAAAUUUGAGUCAGAAAGAUGCAUGUGAUGAAGAUCAUGAAAAAUUGAUACAUCAUAAAUUAUUCAGCCAAUGCAAAGCCUCUGAAUUAAAUCGUUCAUUUGAUGGAGAAGAAAACGCCAAUGAUGUUUUAGGUCCAGUUUUUUCUGCAAAUGAUCUUUCAGGUAGUAAAGAUGAUCAAAAGGAAAGGGUGUUGACGCACUCUGCACAGAUUUCACCAACGAAAGCAUAUGGGACAAAUAUUUUUAUUGGUGAUCACGAUCAGCAAAAUGAAAUGAAAAACUUAGUUGCUUCUGUACAGCCUCCAGAAUUCGGUAUACAUUUGGUCAGUAUAGCAGAAAGUAGUGGCUACUUUUAUAGGGAAGAAACACUUGGUCCAAUUUUCACCUAUUCAAGAUCAACCCCAGAAAUUGCAGGUGAAUUUGAGGACGUGAAUCUCAACGAUUCAAGUGGUGAUAAUGAAGACUAUGUACUUGACUUUAUUUCCCAUCUUGAAUGCAAAGACAUCUCAUUUAAGAAAAAAUUCAGGGACGCUAUCAUUUCGAAAAUGGGACUGAGACGGAGGAGGGUUUACAAUGAAGCAGACAGUUGUUUUAUGACAACCGAUGAGAAAUUACAGAAUGAACCACAGGCUGCUUCUAUCGCAAGGGCGAACACAACAAAAUCUACUCUUGAUUUAUCUGACUCCGACUGGGAACUACUGUAAAUAAAUAUCCGAGAUCGAAGCUGUAUAUUCUUCCUCAUUGCCACCAAGACGAAAAAGCCAAUGUGCUGCUUGAAGCUUAUUGUCAAUAACCAGGCCUAGGAUUGAGAUUCCUGCCUCAAAGAGCAAACUGAAAGUUUUGUUCCGGUGUAAUUCGAUUUUGUUUAUUAGCAACUUCAUUUCCAAUAAUAUUAAGCAAACUUCACGCAA